AUGGCAUCCUUCAGCUCUUUGACAUCUCUCCUGAUCUUGCUUUUGGCAACUUCUUCCACACUGUCAGCCGCCGUGCUCCCAGUGGCUGCUCCUUACGCCGUCGCUCCCUUCGCCUCCAGCUACAACGCUCACACUGUCAACCAUAACAUCGCUACUCCAGUCGCCGCUGCUCCCUAUGUAGCCGCUCCAGUUGCCGCUCCCUUGGCCGCUGCUCCCUACGUAGCCGCUCCAGUGGCUGCUGCUCCUUACGUAGCUGCUCCCUUAUCAGCAGCUCCCUAUGUAGCUUCUCCAUACGUCAGUGCUCCUUACGUAUUCACCGGAGGCAACCCUUACCUUCUGAAAUAAAUCUAUAUUUGCUCAGAUGUAUUCCAGAUCUCAUGUGCCAAUAAAAAUAUAUUGAUGUGAAUAU